GGGAGACGAACUGCCACCUGGACCCUGCUCUGGAAGCGAAGAUGCCCCGUGCCAAUGAACCCUUACAGGAGCUAUGAGGACUUCUCCCGCGUUCCCUCGGCCUCCCGCCGGCGCCGUUCCCUGCGUCACUGUAGCUCCCAGCCCUGCUUCGUCUCCUGCACCUUCUACACACCCAUCUGCUUGCCCUUUUUGCACGAUGAAAUGAAAUUCAGCCCCAAGGCGAGUUUAAGGGGCAGGGGAAGCUGGGAGGGGGGCACCUGGAACGCUGCUUUCAUAACCGCCGCUGGAAUGUCUGGAUAACUCAGUUUUAAUGUCUCCCGUGGUUCUCCAUGAAUUUUUGGAUAUGCAUUUUUUAGCAGGUGGAAUCUGCCCUGGGGGCCAUCUUGAGGGCUGAAAGGCAGGCUGUACAUUUUAUUUAUUUUACUUUUAUUUAAUAAAUGCAUAAAACUCAGCGCAGGGGGCGGGGGAGAGAAAAUGUGCCUUCCUUCACACCGGUCUGUCCUUUGGUGCUGACUCUCUUAUGCAGACGGCAUUCUGCAAGUAACAUUUCUAGAAGUCUCCAACAAAUGAAAAAGGAAGGCAAAUCAUAAAAUCAUAGAAUUGUAGAGUUGGAAAGGACUCCAAGGGUCAUCCAGUCCAACCCCCUGCAAUGCAGGGGAUGAAUCAGCGAAUAGAGGGGAGGUCCAAAAACUAUCUACAUGGUGCCUAGGGAACAACUUGCACUCUAAUAUCAGCAAGACAAAGGAGAUGGUGUUGGACUUUUGGAGGAAGAGAGGAGAACUAGCCCCGCUGUACGUCGGGGAGGGCUGUGUGGAGACAGUCUCUUCCUUUAAAUUCCUAGCAGUUUAUCUCAGUGAAGACCUUCCUUGGAAAAUCAAUACAACCCAGGUGGUUAAGAAAGCCCAAUCUCCUCAGAGUAUUGUGGAAGAACGAUGUCAAUCAACAUUUGAUGAUCUCCUUCUACAGGUCCACAAUAGAAAGUGUCCUUUCAUGCUGCAUCACAGUGUGGUACGCUGGUUUGACAUCAUCUGAUAGGAAGUGCCUGCAGAGGGUGGUGAAUACAGCACAAGAUAUUAUGGGCUGUCCCGUGAAUCCGCUGGAUGACAUCGCGGACGAACGUUGCCUCAGGAGAGUGAGGAAAAUUCUUAGGGAAGAUUCACACCCUAGCCGGCACUUUCUUGAUCUCCUGCCCUCGGGCAGAAGAUAUAGAAGCAGGAUUAGUCGCCCCAACAGGGUAAAGAACAGCUUCUAUCCUGGGCUGUUAGGCUGCUGAAUGAAAAGAUAACAACAGGGCAACUGACUUUCGGGUUUGGUGGGUGUGCGUCAGUAAACGAGGGGAAUUAAAACUAAGAGAGCUGAGUGGGGGGUGCUGGUGUAAUCUCGCUGUAUACAAGUUGUACAAGUGACAAUAAAGUAUAAAGUAUAAUGCAGGAAUCUCAGCUAAAGCAUCCAUGGCAGAUGGGCGCCCAACCUCAGCUUAAAAUCUCCAAGGAAGGAGAUUUAAUCUCUUUAACCUUCUCUAAACACACACACAGAUCUUCCAACCAUUCCUUGUAGAACUUGUUCACCACCAGACUCCUCACCAUACUGGUCUCCUUUGGACACAUUUUCUUUUUUUUUCUUUUUUUUUUUAAAGAAUAUUUAUUCCAAUUUUAAAGUUACAAAAAAAAUAUAGAAAAGGAAAAACACAAACCACAUACAUCUUACAAAAAACAGACAACAAAAAAGAAAUAAAAAAGACAAAAAAUCACAGUAGAAAAUAACAAAAAUCAAAUUAGACCAUUACAACCAUUUUCCCAUUUGCUUGUUUCCAUGACUUCCUCUCACCUCCCUGCUUUGUAUUCUAGUUUAAAUCGUAUCUCCAGCAAAUCCUUCUAACCUUCUUUUCUUUUACUUAUUUUAACAUUCGAAAGUAUUUAAUUCUCCUCUAUCCUCAUUUUACACUUCAUGUUUACUUAUUCCAUUAUACCCUGUCUGCCAAUACGGUCUAAUAUUCUUCUCCAACCUUUUUCUAACAUUCUUCCUUUGGACACAUUUUCUGAAAGCAUGGGUGCUAUCCUAUGGCAGUGAGACUCUGAUGGACCCCAUACUGAACAGAUGUUCUAGGAGCAAGUGAAGUUUCUCAGAUUCUUAGGGACAGUUAUUGUGGACAUUGUGAAAGAUACAUGUUGUUCUAGGAGUUAUGGGCCCAUGAAAGUUCCUCAUGGGUUGAGUGGCUUGUGUGCUCUUGUUGUUGGUGGUGGUUUUUUCGCUUAGCUCCUCCACACUUAUUGCCCAGAGCUUGUACCCCUUUGCAGCCGAUGCUCUUGCACCAAUCCUACUGGAACUCAGCACUGGGAGAGCCACAAAAGUUAUCUCCAUGGAGAAUCAACACCUUCCUCCUGAGAUGUGAAGGCAUCAUCCCAACAGUGAGGUUCCAUGUCAUAAUGUUCGUGGAAACAAACACGGCCGGAAACAUCUCUUCGUCUCUCCUCUGGGACACACUAAAAGACUAUUUAAGAGGAUUUAUCAUUUGCUACACAGCAUGUUGGAAGAGGAGGAGGAGAAGGAGGAACUCAGGGUGGGAAAACCGGUCGCCCUAGAAACCAAACAAACCCCAGGCUCCAUAAGAAUAACAUCUGCCGGAAUCAAGGCUCCAGUUAAGAAAAGAUACGAGGCUUUCUGAUCAGCUCCAACUUCCCCCUGCCCUGAAUUAGAGCAAACAUCUUGGGAGUUAAGAGGGAAAGUCUUAGCUUUUUCCUCUUAGAGCAUGCAAUGUAAGUUUCUUUCUGCUGUUAGGGACUAGAAGGCUAUUCUGCACAUAACUCAGAAAGCAAUAAGUGAGCAACUGGGGUUUUCAGAAUAAUAAUAGUUGUUAUCUGGCAUUAUAUAAGGCAAAGCCGAGCCCACAGAGGUGAUCUCUGUUUUCUUACAACUGAUAUAUCUUCCCCAAAUAUGCAGGAGAUUGGAGGCCGCUAUAGUCUUCUGAAAGGUAAGAGGUCAGAAGUGAAAAAGGAACUGGCAAGGCCCUUGCUGCGGUGGGGAAUGAUUCACAUCUCUCAGUGAAUCAUGUCACCAUUCUAAAACAAAGCAGAGGAAAUGUGGGAAGAAAGCCCUGUUCCAAGUAUGAAGCCUCGGUUAUGGGGUUCUUCAGGCCCAGAGAGGACAUCUCAUGGAAGGGAUCCUGAGGGUCAUCUAUUCAAUUACCAAACAACUACCAAACUUUUAGAAGACAUCUGAAGGCAGCCCUGUUUAAGGAAGCUUUUAAUGUUUGAUAUAUUGUUGUUUAGUCAUUUAGUCGUGUCCGCCUCUUCGUGACCCCAUGGACCAGAGCAUGCCAGGCACUCCUGUCUUCCACUGCCUCCCGCAGUUUGGUCAAACUCAUGCUGGUAGCUUUGAGAACACUGUCCCACCAUCUCGUCCUCUGUCGUCCCCUUCUCCUUGUGCCCUCCAUCUUUCCCAACAUCAGGGUCUUUUCCAGGGAGUCUUCUCUUCUCAUGAGGUGGCCAAAGUAUUAGAGCCUCAGCUUCACAAUCUGUCCUUCCAGUGAGCGAUUUCCUUCAGAAUGGAGAGGUUUGAUCUUCUUGCAGUCCAUGGGACUCUCAAGAGUUUGAUGUAUUACUGUAUUUUAAUAUUUGGCUGGAAGCCGCCCAGAGUGGCUGGGGAAGCCCAGCCAGAUAAGCAGGGUAUAAAUAAAUUUAUUAUUAUUAUUAUUAUUAUUAUUAUUAUUAUUAUUAUUAUUAUUACUACUACUACUACUACUACUACUAUUCCAACCCCCUGCAGUGCAGGAAUUCAUGCAGCUAACAGGGACCAAACCAGCACCAUGCUCUAACCAACUGAGCUACCCAGCUAUUCAACAAUGAAACUCAGCCAAUUUCCCUUUGAGGGUGUUAGUUGCAAAAUCCUCACUGCAUCUGUUGGGACUCCGCAUUUGCAAACUCCACGCUGUCUCCCCAGAGGGCUGCAACCCCAACAGACAAGGGCCAGAUCAGAUCUGUGAGAUAAUUUGGCUUCUUGAUGCUAAAGUCAAAAGACGGGGCUUGUCUCAAGAUACUGUCACCGGAUACUGAAUAUGUUAUGUCCUGAAGUUCUCACCCUGGGCCAGCAGGGGGAUACUGUAGAUAGUUUUCACUCAGGUCCGCAUAUGCAAAUAAGGAAUUGAAAGUGACGUUCAGUGAUUGGAUAGUUACAGAAAGUUGUUACAGUUACGUUGUACUGGAGCUCUAUAUAAGCAGGCUGGCUGAACCCUUCAGUUCAGUUCUGGCCUGUGAAUACACAAGAGCUGUCUGAAGAAUCGCUGUGUCGUCUGAUAUGUUCACCCACAACUUAACACUGGUGAAGAAGGUUGGAUUGAUGGACAUCAGAGCACAGCCAGAUGCGGCCACCUUCUGAGCUGAGCUGAAUCACGGAGCUAAAACACUGAGCGAAAUCACGGAGUAGAACCAAUUCAGAGCUGACUGUUCUGGCUAGAGCACAGUGUUCCAUCCAUCGCCCUCCACGUCGGCAUCGGAACCAUGGCUUCACUCGUGCCUCUACUGCCGUUUGCCCCAGCCUCUAAAUCAUGGGAUGCCUACCUCGCUCGGUUCGACUGCUACCUCCAAGCAAAUGAGCUGACAAGAGAUCUGUAGAGCAUAAGCGGGGCCUCUUCCUCAGCCUUUGUGACCCUGACAGAAUAUAUAUUCGAACAUACGUCACCGGGAAUUUUUCUAUCAGACUUUUGCUGCCUUCACUUCCCCACAAUCCACACCUAUGCACUGAAAGGACGUUCAGCACAUGCCUAAAGCGCAUGGCUGCUCCCGAGUGGCAGACUUGUGAAAAAGGAGGAGAGGUGGGCCGCCUCGGUGAUGAAACUUGCCACCAUUUGCAGAAUCAUGCCAAGACUACUCCAACCACCGACAUGGUUCAAUGGGAAGAAAUGUCUGAGUUGAGCAGCUCAAAUGGUUAUCAGAUGAAAUCAAUCCUGUCCAUUUAUGAUUACAGUGGUACCUCAGUUUACAGACACUUCAGGUUACAGACUUUGCUAACCCAGAAGUAGUACCUCACGUUAAGAACUUUACUUCAGGAUGAGAACAGAAAUUGCGUAGCGGCAGUGGGAGGCCCCAUUAGCUAAAGUGGUGCUUCAGGUUAAGAACAGUUUCAGGUUAAGAAUGGACCUCCAGAAUGAAUUAAGUUCUUAACCCGAGGUACCACUGUAUUCUUAGUGUUUGUGGUUUUAUUAAAACAUUUUGCAUUGUUUUUAGUCUUCUGUACAUUUUGUCUUGCUCGUUGCCCUGAGAGGGUUGUGCUUUUUCAGGUAGGCCUGUAGAAGCCAUCUGACAAACAGGAAGAAAUUGUGACAAUGGUGACUUACUUUGCAAUGUGCAUCUUUUCCACGAGGGAGAGCAGCAAGCCCCACGCAGGGGCCUCACUCUGCAUUGCCAACAGACGUGUGCUUCCGCUCUGUCGCCUGUGAUGGAGGAAAACAUGGGUGGAAAGCACCAUUUUAUCGGGGGAUCUGAACUAGAGAUGAUGCUCUUUAACGUCUGGUACCUCUUUUGUUGCUGUUGUCCUUAGAAUAUGGAGAGGAGGUCGAAACUAGACGUGGACCAUAUCAUCAAAGAGCACGAGAGCUUUAGCGAGAGUGAAAAGAGCUCAGAGAGGUGAGUUUCUUGGUAAGUGGAGAAGACCCACAGGGCAGAUUUCAUUUGUCAAGUGUGGACAUUCUAGGUCAAGACACUUGUUCUGUGGUUUACGCGUCUUUGACAGACAUAUCCUACCGUUUUUUCCUAUACAGUGGCACCUCGGGAUGCGAACGGGAUCCAUUCUGGAGCCCCGUUUGCAUCCUGAACAGAAUUUAAGACGCGACUGCGCAUCUGCGCGUGUGCGGGUCGUGUUUUGCCGCUUCCACGCAUGCGUGUUACGUCAUUUUGACUGUCUGUGCAUAUGCGAGCGGCGAAACCCAGAAGUAACGCACUCCGUUACUUCUGGGUCGCCGCGGAGCGCAAUCUGAAAAUACUUAUCCUGAAGCAUAUUUAUACCGAGGUAUGACUAUAUUCAAAAGUUUAGAGCUAGAAACUGCUCAGUUCUUGUCAGGUACGCUGGCAGGCAAGGGAGUUUCCUCCUCUCCUCUGGGAGCUUACGAUAAAAAGUAAUGAGCCUUUGGCAAGUUUAUAGUCCUUUUUAUUUACAACAUCAUACUGAGAGGAGCAUCAGGCCGCCCUUCCCACAGAUGGCAGUCGCUCACUCUGAGUCCCCUCCCCUUCCUAAGCAAGAAGCCACCUGUCCCUCCUCUAUGCUUCCGUUGUUCCUGGACCAUUUCAGUCCUCCGAGUUCUGGGGGAGGGAGUGACUUCCCUGCCACUCUGGACUGAAAAAUCUCCAUAAGGCUCCCUCCCUCCUGGUUGCCUAGCUACUAUCUCAAACUGUCCAGCUCUUCCCCUGACUGAGCAGCCUCUGAAUCUGCUGGUCUCUCUGCUUGUAGGAACGUGGGGGGGGUGAUCCCCCCCCAUCAGAGGCUGCUCUGUCUGUGCCUGCAUUCCUUCAUCUUCGGAGUCAGACCAGUCUCUGGCAUCCAAUUCAGACCAGACCCUGACACUUCUGUAGCAUUUCUGACCAGUUUCAGCAAAAACUCACCUCUUUACCAUACCUCUGGGUUUCCCCAGACAUUCUUGCCAAUCACCUAUUUUCAAGCCCCAAAUCCCGGAUGUGUCCAGGAAAACAAUAAUAGUAACAAUACCUUUAUUGUUCCUGUACAGCCGAGCAUUAAGGUAAAGGUAAAGGUACCCCUGCCCGUAUGGGCCAGUCGUGUCCGACUCUAGGGUUGUGCGCCCAUCUCACUUAAGAGGCCAGGGUCCAGUGCUGUCCGCAGACACUUUUGGGUCACGUGGACAGCGUGACAAGCUGCAUCUGGCGAGCCAGCGCAGCACAUGGAAACGCCGUUUACCUUCCCGCUAGUAAGCGGUCCCUAUUUAUCUACUUGCACCCGGGGGUGCUUUCGAACUGCUAGGUUGGCAGGCGCUGGGACCAAAAGACGGGAGCUCACCCUGCUGCGGGGAUUCGAACCGCCGACCUGACGAUCGGCAAGUCCUAGGCGCUGAGGUUUUACCCACAGCGCCACCCGCGAGCAUUAGGUGCACAUUAUUAGCAAUCGGCCAGGAAUUGCUUCCAAGGGAAAACAUCGCAUCCAUGGGAACCUCAGAAGGGGUGAAGGAGGAGGGGGGUGAGCAGGGUUUGUGAUUAUCCCAUGGCCGUUUUUAAAAAGUUGAAAUGUUCUUUUGCAGGGUGAGAGCGAUGAAAAUGGAAAGCAUGGUAAGCAGCGAUUUCACUUACGGUAACAGCUUUGCUAACAACUUUAGGGUGCAAUCCUGCAGUCUCAUCCAGCUUCCUCUGGCUCAGCUAGCUCAAUAAUUUUAUUUCGUAUUUGCCUUUUUAUGAAUUGCACUUUUUGUGUGUAGUUGGGGUCCCCCCCCAUAAUAUGUUUUCACUUAUUUAAUUGAUAGAUUGAUUGCAUCUAUGUCCCCAGGUGCACAUGUUUCUCUCCCUUCCUCAUUUAACCCCACAAAAACCCUAAGAGGUAGGCUAGGCCGAAAGGCAAAUGGCUCCCCCGAAGUCACCCACUGAGUUUCAUAGCCAAGUGGGGAUUUGAACCCUGCUCUCCCAGGUCCUGGUCCAGCAUUCUAACCACUGUGCCCCCCUGGCUCUCUUUAAAAGAACCUUCCAUAAAGGAGACCUUUCAUACAGCAAGCAACUGCCAAGUUCAGAUACAAUUAUUAUUACUAGUCGUAAGGAUGGUAUACUGUGUCCAGCAGCAGCUCCUCGUGGUCUCAGGCUUUUUCCAGCUGUGCUGUCGCUGCGAGUAUAUUUCACCCACUCUCCAUAUUCUCCCGAUCUGGCCCCACCAGAUUUCUUUCUUUUUCCAAAACUGAAAUCUGCACUGAAAGGGCACAGGUUUCCCAACAUUUCACACGUCCAAGCCACUGCGAUGAGGGAACUGAAAGCAGUACGAAAAGAGGACUUCUCCAGAAGUUUCCAACAGUUCUGCAAACAUUGUCAGCAGUGCAUUGUAUCAGUGGGGGCUGCUUUGAAGGCCUGUAAGGCAUGUAUGUUCGAAUAUUUCUCACUGUCCAAUUUCUGUGACCAUUCACCGAACUUUCCAGUCACACCUUGGAGAAUCGUAGCAUUGGAAGGGACGCAAUUCUCUGCUUCUGGGCUCCAUCCCCUCCCUGCAGAAAGCAGAUCAUGGAGGCUUCACGCAUGCAAGGAAGUUGCGCAGCAACCCUGAGUGACCCAAAUGAUGAAUGUGGGAAGAUGAAAGCCUUGGGUGACCCUCUUUGUCUCCUCUCUGUUGUCUUUCAGCUGAAGAAGGUGCUAGCUGAAAACCAGCAGUUGAAAAGUGCUGUAAGUUCACUGUGUGUGUGUGUGUGUGUGUGUGUGUGUUUUGCCUUGGGUCUUCCCCCGGGGCUCACAAACCCUCUGAGCCUUCUCAUCCAUCAUCAUCAACACCAACACCAACAACCACCAGCUCCCAGGGUAAUGGAAUGAAAGAAUCAUUGAGCUGGAACGGAUAAUAAUAAUAAUAAUAAUAAUAAUAAUAAAAUAUUAUUUAUGUCCCGCCCAUCUGGCUGGGUUUCCCCAGCCACUCUGGGCGACUUCCAACAAAAUAUUAAAAACACGAUAAAACAUCAAACAUUAAAAACUUCCCUAAACAGGGCUGCCUUCAGAUGUCUUUUAAAGAGAAGAUAGCAGCUUAUUUCCUCCACAUCUGAAGGGAGGGCGUUCCACAGGGCGGGUGCCACCACCGAGAUGGCCCUCUGCCUGGUUCCCUGUAACUUGGCUUCUCGCAAUGAGGGAACCGCCAGAAGGCCCUUGGAGCUGGACCUCAGUGUCCGGGCUGGAUGAUGGAGGAGACGCUCCUUCGGGUAUACUGGACCGAGGCCGUUUAGGGCUUUCAAGGUCAGCACCAACACUUUGAAUUGUGCCUGGAAACCUACUGGGAGCCAAUGAAGGUCUUUCAGGACUGGUGUUAUGUGGUCUCGGAAGCCACUCCCAGUCACCAGUCUAGCUGCCGCAUUCUGGAUUAGUUGCAGUUUCCAGGUCACCUUCAAAUGUAGCCCCACGUAGAGCGCAUUGCAGUAGUUCAAAUCGGAGAUAACCAGAGCAUGCACCACUCUGGGAUCCCUAAAUGUCAUCUAGCCCGACCUUCUGCAGUGCAGGGAUCACAACUGGAGAAUCCCUGGCAGAUGGAUAUCCAACCUCUACUUAAAAACCUCCAAGGAAGGAGAACUCACCACCUUCUGAGGGAGUGAAACCAGGCGCGCCCCCUGCGUGGGACUUAAUGGAAUGGAUUCUCUUUUGCAGGUUCACUUCUUGAAGCAGCAGAACAAAGGUAGGAUCCCUCUCCCUCUCUCUCUCUCUCUCUCUCUCUCUCUCUCUCUCUCGUUUCCAGGUGCAGCAGGGAUAUGAAUCCCUGUGUGGCACCCUGGAGAGGUGCUGCCGGUCAGGGUGGACAAUACUGGCCUCACCCGGUAGAAUGAGGAUCAUUUGUGAAACUGAUUAGUUGUUGUUGUAAAAGUAGCUCACACCGACUUACAACAAUAAACGAAUAACACAUGCAUUGAAACCAGUGCAAGGCAAAACACAGGAAAAUUGAAAACACGUUCAUUUGUGUGUGUGGGUGUGUGUAAUUUUUAUUAAAUUUUCUGUUUUACAAUUUAAAAUAGUCAUUUAAACCUUAAAGUGUGUGUGCGUGAUUUUUAUUAAUUUUUCUGGUUUACAAUUUAAAAUAUUCAUUUAAACAACCUUAAAAUGUCAAUGAAUUCCUUUCUAUGGUUCAUUCUGCAUGUCAUCGAUCCCAGCAUACUUUACAGAAACGAAACCAUUCAGUAUGCCAUUAUUACAUCCAUCAAAACUUGUUCACACUGUUGAAUUUGUCUUAAUGCUGCCAACGAUUUGAAGUAUGCACAAUUCUCCCCCAUACAUUCAAUAAACUUUUUCCAAUCUUCUUUAUGUUAUUCUUUGCUUCCUUUUAAAAAUAUGAAUGUGCUUUCACACGUGAACGAAAACGUGUUCAUAUUUUUUUUAAAAGGAAGCAAAGGCAGCUUCCAUUGUCCCUACUUUUCAUUACCAGGACAAUCCAUCAACUUUAUUGUCACUUGUACAACUUGUAUUCAGUGAGAUUACAUGAGCACACCCCCCCCCCCUGAGCUCUCUUAGUCUUAAUUCCCCUUGUUUACUGACACACUGGGGACGUUUUUACUGUAAUUUUACUGGUGUUAGCCGCCCUGAGCCCUGAUCUGGCUGGGGAGGGAGGGGUAUAAAUAAAUUAUUUGUACCCACUCAGAGUGGCUGGGGAAACCCAGUCAGGUGGGUGGGGUACUAGUAAUAAUAAUAAUAAUAAUAAUAAUAAAUAAUUUCAGGGCUUUUUUUCAGCUGGAACUCAGUUCCAGCACCUUACAGCUGGGCACCAUUACCAUUAUAAGAGAACAAGGAAGGUGUUUGGGGGUGAGUUCCGGAAUCCCUUUUUCUAGAAAAUCAGCACUAAUAAUAAGAACAACAAUAGCAACUCUGCUGUGUAUAUUGAAUGAUGAGGGGGAAGGAAGCUGCGAGUUUUGACCGAUGGACCCAUUUUCUAUUCCAGAAAAAGAUUGCAAUGCAGAAGACUGCAAGAGGUCAGUGCAAUCGCACGUCCGGCGGGGGGUCGCCAGGCCCUUGUGGAAUAAUGGACGAUAUUCAUAGAGAAUCUUAGCGCUGUGGCAUUCAAAGGAACAGCCCUGGGGUCACCUAGUCCAGCUCCCUGCAGAGCAGGAAUGCCUGCGAAAGGAUCCCUGAAACGUGGCCGUCCGAAUUCUGCCAAGGAACGAGAGACCAAAACCUUCUGAAAGGGUCUUUCCCACUGUUAAGUGGCUUAGCCUCAGAAAGAUCACUCUAAGCUUUAGUCAGAAUUUCCUUUCCUGCAAUUUGGAUCUGUUGGUUUGGUCCCAACAUUCUGGAGUAGCAGAAAACCACUCUUGUUCCAUCUUCCAUUUGACAGCCCUUCAGAUAUAUGAAGGUGGCUCUCAUAUCCCCUCUCCGCCUCCUCAGGCUAAACAUACCCAGCUCACUCAACCAUUCCCCUUUAAAUCUUAGUUUCCAGACACCUUCAUCCCCUGCUCAUUUUCUAGCUUAUCGAUAGCCUUUUUUAAGUGGGCUGCCCAGAACCGGACACAGAGCUUGUCAAUCUUCUUUCUCCACUCUUUUUUCCAGGGCUAAAGAAAAACUUAUGACUGAAAUUGGGUCUCUCUUGACCGAAAUUGCCUUCCUGAAUGAAGUUCGGGAGCAGCUGGUGAGUGUCUUGGAUCAGGGUAUUCCCAGUCCCCUCCAUUUGUGGCUCAAGUCUCCAGAUCCCACUAUGAGUAGCUGAAGAUUAAACCCCCUUAAACCAAAUAUGUUGGUGGGAACAGGAUCACUUCCAAUUUAACUGAGGUAAAGUGUGUCUAAAACCGCAUAUAUUCAUGAAAAUAUGAUCCAAGCGUCCAGAAUAUGACAGGAAAUAGCCUUGCAAAAAUGUGUAUUUCAGGUGAAAUAAGGAUGAUGAUUAUUAGGGAUGCGGGUGGCACUGUGGGUUAAACCACAGAGCCUAGGGCUUGCCGAUCAGAAGGUCGGUGGUUCGAAUCCCUGCGACGGGGUGAGCUCCCGUUUGGUUCAGCAGAAGCGGCUUAGUCAUGCUGGCCACAUGACCCGGAAGCUGUACGCUGGCUCCCUUGGCCAAUAAAGUGAGAUGAGCACCACAACCCCAGAGUCGGCCACGACUGGACCUAAUGGUCAGGGGUCCCUUUACCUUUACCUUUUAAGGAUGAAGAUACUGAUGAAUUUUCAUGAGGACUUUUUUAAAAAAAAGUUUGCAGGCUGACUUGGAAAUGUGGAUAGCAUAAUAAUAAAAAUCACAUAAAAAUCAUAGUAACAGUUCUUCCCACAUUGUUGUGUAGAUUAAAUGAGGAGGGCAAACUGCCCUGAGACCCCUGGGUGUGGGGCGUUAUAUAAAUUCAAUAAAUAAUAAUAACAAUCAGUGCUUUUUUUCUGGGGAUAAAGAGGUACACAUACCCCCAAACAUUUUGUGAGUCUUUGUACUAUUGUCCAUUUACUGUAUUUAUUUUUCCUGAAUUGAACUAUAAAAUGGUGGUUUUCUUGAGUCAAAAUGAGAGUACCCCUAAACAUUUCUUUAGGGAAAAAAGCCCUGAUAAUAAUAAUUAUAAUAACUGUGUGCGCCACCUUGCGCUCCUUUGAGGAAAAGCCGGGAUAUAGAUGCAAUAAAUACGUAACAAAUAGAACAAAGCACAGGUGGCAGGUUAAUCUCCGUUUAUCAUUUUUCAAACCUCCGCAGCAGCUUUUCAGUGCAUUACAAAUUUCGCAAAGCAAUUUCCCCCGAUGCAAGACGUCCAUGUGCGUCAUUCUCGCUCGCGGUCCGCAUGCCUCCCUCCCUCCGGUACGAACAUCUUGGCGUGCGUCUCUUUAGAGAAGGGCGUCGCAAAAUCCGCAUUUCGAAAGGGGUGGCGUUCCGCGUUCCGGUUGCGGUGCUUGCUCUCCUCUGAGUCUCUUGCUCUCCUGCUUCUCUUCCAGAGGUACAAGGACCCCGAGUCCAGGAAGGAGACGACGAAAGCCCUCACCGAGACCAUCCAGGCCAAGCUGGAGGUGGCUCACGCGAAGAUCGAGGCGGCCGAAGCCAAGAAGGAGACGCUGGAGGCCAAGCGGAAGGCGGAAGAGGCCCAGGAGACGGCGGAGGCGGCCCAGGCCAGGGAGGACAACCUCCUCUCCUACGUCUCCAAGAUCGCCACCCUCGCGUACCAACAGGCUGCCGAGGCGGAGUAUGACUGUACCCAGGCCCGCAAAGCCAUGGCGGUGGCGGAGGCCAUCCAAGUGGCCACCCUGGCCGAAGGCAAAGGCCGCCGGAACCACAAGCACCACCACCACCACCACCAGGGCAAGCACCACAGGGGCCACCACGACCACCGGGGCCACCACAGCCACCACAGCCACCAUGAUCACCGGAGCCACCACGAGACCCAGAGCGACCUGCCCCACUCGGAGCCCGAGACCCUGAGCAGCACCCGAUAAGGAGGAGGACGGGAGGAAGGAAGGAAGCGAACGAAGGCAGGAGCGUGGCAGGGCGGGAGGAGAGAGAGAGAGAGAGAGGGGAUUGGUGCCAUAGAGCGCCAAUAGCGGGAGCACUGUGCAGAAUUAAAAUUUAUGUUUGAGCCGCUGA